AUUUAAGAGGGAAGGCCGCCGCCACACGCCAGCUCCCUCCUGCCAGCCUCGGCUCUGCGGCCGCCAGACUGAAUUUCUUCCCGCUUCCUCCAGCAGAGGAGGUGGAACAGGAAAAGGAGGGCGAAGGCGGCGGCGCGGACGGGCCUCUGGGCUGAGCGCUCGGCCGAGUUCCCCGGGCCGGCUGUAGAGCCGCAAGCGCCGUCCUCCCCUCCUCCGCCUCGGCUUUUGGUCUCGCCCGCUCCCCUCUCUCUUCCUUUCUCCCUGCCAUGUUGGAUGGUGCCGCCGGAGCCGGGGAGAAGAGGAAAGUUUAGAGCUUGAAAGAAGCAGCCGCAAAAGACGAGGCGAGGAGGGAGAGCGCCCUUUGCCGGGACUCCCGGGAGCGGCCUAGUCAGCCCCUUUCCGCCCCCAUGCUGCCGCCACCGCAGUGAGCCAGGCUGCUCCGCCGCACUCGCAGGGCGACGCCGGGCCCGAGCCAGCCCUCGGGAGCAGCAGAGCGGCUGAAGCGGGGAAGGCGACCAGGCCCCCCGGCCGGCCGCGAUGAGCAGCAACCAGCAGCAGCCCCCGCCGCCGCGACGGGUCACCAACGUGGGUUCCCUGCUGCUCACCCCGCAGGAGAACGAGAGCCUCUUCGGCUGCCUGGGCAAGAAAUGCGUGACAAUGUGUUCCGCAGUUACUCAGAUUUAUGCAGCAGAUCGCAAUGCAGUGUGGUCAAAGAAGUGCUGUGGUGUAGCCUGCCUUGUGAAAGACAAUCCACAGAGGUCUUAUUUUAUCAGAAUAUAUGAUAUCAAGGAUGGAAAACAAUUAUGGGAGCAAGAAUUGUAUAAUAAUUUUGUAUAUAAUAGUCCUAGAGCAUAUUUUCAUACCUUUGCUGGAGAUACCUGUCAGGUGGGUCUUAAUUUUGCUAAUGAAGAAGAAGCUAAAAAAUUCCAGAAGACAAUAACAGACUUACUUGGACGACGCCAACGAAAAUCUGAGAAAAGGAGAGAUCUACCAAAUGGUCCAAGUCUACCAAUGGCAACUGUUGACAUCAAAAACCCAGAAAUCACCACCAAUAGAUUUUAUGGCUCCCAAGUCAAUAAUAUUCCCUAUACCAAAGAGAAGAAAAAAGGAAAAGCAAAAAAGAAGAGACUGACAAAGGCAGAUAUUGGAACUCCUAGCAACUUUCAGCAUAUUGGGCAUGUGGGCUGGGACCCAAAUACAGGUUUUGAUGUUAACAACUUGGAUCCAGAGUUGAAAAAGCUAUUUGAUAUGUGUGGAAUUUCAGAGGCUCAGCUGAAAGACAAAGAAACAUCCAAGGUUAUAUAUGAUUUUAUUGAAAAAACCGGAGGAGUAGAAGCUGUCAAGAACGAGUUACGCAGACAAGCUCCACCACCACCUCCGCCAUCUAGGGGAGGUCCUCCUCCUCCUCCACCCCCACAUAGCUCAGGGCCACCACCUCCUCCUGCUAGGGGAAGAGGAGCUCCCCCGCCCCCUCCAUCAAGAGCUCCAACCGCUGCUCCCCCACCUCCCCCACCUUCUAGACCUGGUACUGCAAUACCCCCUCCUCCACCAAAUAGGAUGUAUCCUCCUCCCCCACCAGUUCAUUCUUCCUCUGCACCCCCAGGCCCACCUCCACCCCCUCCACCCCCAUCAGGUGGUUCAGGUGCGCCUCCACCCCCACCUCCACCCCCACCCCCUCCUGGACCACCUCCACCACCUGGUCUUCCAACAGAGGCUGACCAUCAGCUUCCAGUUCCUUCAGGAAAUAAAGCAGCUCUCUUAGAUCAAAUCCGAGAAGGUGCGCAGUUAAAGAAAGUGGAACAGAACAGUCGGCCAGUCUCCUGCUCAGGAAGAGAUGCACUGCUUGAUCAGAUACGACAGGGUAUACAGCUGAAGUCCGUAUCUGACGGCCAAGAGACUGCACCUCCUACGCCUGCACCCACCUCGGGUAUUGUGGGAGCACUAAUGGAAGUUAUGCAGAAAAGGAGCAAAGCCAUUCAUUCUUCAGAUGAAGAUGAGGAUGAAGAAGACGAAGAAGAUUUUGAGGAUGAUGAUGAAUGGGAUGACUGAUCCAAUAUAGUAUAUAUCGUAUAAAUAUAUAUAUUUUUAAGGUGAAUUACUAAACUACUUUCUGUCUAUGGAUUCUGUAAAAUUAUCAUGUAAAUGUUCUACCAAUUUGCUGUAUAUUUUUGUUGCCUUUUGCUUUUUUAUUAAUCUGUGCAAUACCUCAUUUAAUCUGUAAAGGUUUGUCAUAAUCCUCUACAAAAGCUACUCCCGACUUAAUGUGUGCAAGUUUACAUCAGGUUGCUCAGUGUACAUGUGAAUACUUUCCAUUCCAUCAAUAAGGGAGUUUUAACAUAAUGCGUGAGACUGACAAACAUUUUAAAUGUAUUUAGUUAUAAUGCCAGAAGGAAAAAAAAAACACUAUUUUCAUACCCUACUUUUUCUGUACCUAAAUUUUCUUAUUAAAACCUAGUCUAGCGCUACAUUAUUUAAGCAAUGCAGCUCCUAGUUUAUUAGCCCUUUCAUCUUGAAAGCUAUGCUAUGUGAAAGAGGCCAAUGAAGACCGUGAACUUCAUAACACUAUACUUUAGCAUUAAGCUAUCCAUCAAACAAUCACGAGGGGGGGUGGGGACCGCGAACAGUUGUGAAAUUUUUUCCCCUGAUUCUGUAGCAGUGCCAUUGGGAAAGCUUUUGGAAUCUUGAAUGCCAAGCCCCAGUUGAAGUCACAGAGCACAACAUCUUUGAUGUAAACUACCUUUGUGAAUGAUUUUUUUUUUUGCUUCUUUUACAAUGAAGAGGAGUCUACCUUUAUGGCAACUGCUGCAGUAAUUUAUUUAUUUUUAUAUAAUAUUUUUACCGAAGGGCUGUGGUUCAAUAUUUGCUUGGGAUUACCGUAGGGGUUUAAAUCCAUUUUAAAAAACGUGUAGGACAUUGGUGUACUAAUAAAAGAACUUAAAGCGCUGUAACUUUGCAGUCUUGAUGGCUUAUGGUACAAACCAGGGACACACUUAAAGGCACCGGUUCCUACAUGUAAAAAUGGAAAGCAAUGAAAUGAGGAUCGAUGCCUUAAUAAAAUAUCUGCUUCUCCUGGCUAAGACAAGAGACCCGGAUAUGAUGGAAACUGAUGUUUUUGCACCAAGCCCCUUCACCUCCUUCAGCAUCUUGUCUCUGUGUGUUUGGGCCAGAUAGUUGAGUUCAGGUGGGCUCUCCAUUCAUCAGCCCACUAGUGCUGAUGUUGUUGCAACCUAGCUCCAUAUUCCUCGUAAUCUUUCCUAUGAAUUAUCCAGUCGUGGUAGGUCAACAUUGUCCUGUUUCCUCUCUUCUCUUUUAGACCUCCAGAAGAGAGUGGGUAGAGAGCCAGCUGAGCUGCUUGGCUUUUAAGGAAGCUUGGAGAUCUCUCUAAAAUAAAUUGUGGAAGCUUACUGUGAUGAAGUUACUUUCUUUUCUAUGUACUGAAUUGCUUUUUGCAGCAUUGAUUGUCUUUUGUGUUCUUUAGAAUUUAAUAUCAGCGGUUUGCAGUCUUCAAGUAUGGAGAUCCCUAUGCUUGGAACUAGCAUUCUGGUUCAUUCUGGAGAAAAUAAGUUAUCUUAAUUUUCAUCCUUACUAACUGAUUUAAUAUUUCUAAGGUAUCCCUUUUUACACACAGUAGUGUGUUUUAAAGAUAGGCAUUGGCAAUGCUAAUUCUACAUGCAGGAGAGGAAGCGUAGAUAGGAAACAUAACAAAUAUCACUUUUCUCACAGAUGGAAAAUGCUUCAGCAGAGUUGAAAAUAUAACUAACAAAUACUUUCUUCCUAGUCCCCCAUCCCCACUCUUGUCAUGGUAUAUUGGACACAAUUGUAUUUACUGAAACCCAAUGUUGGCCUGAUUUUGGCAGGCUGGACCUGCAUGACAUGGCUUGGAUUUCUAGUGCAGUUUAUAAUAUGUGUCUAGAAGGGGCUUAAAAAAGCUACAUACAGAGAAAGGGGAUGGAAAAGGUCAUGGAUAGAAAGGAGGUGCAGUGAAGCAGAAACUAAAUUAUUCAGAGCAACUUUUAAGCACAUUACUUGGGAGGAGAGAUUUCUUUUUCCCAGGUGUGUCCCCCCCCCCCCCCCGGCUGCCCUUGCAAUUGCAUUCACAGCACUGCCUGCUGCUGGGAAAGACUUUAACUAGUAGUGCUGCUAGUGCAGCUUGAGGACUGUGAGCGGUGUGGCUGAGGCCUUGAUAUAUGCUGUCAUGUACGGUUAAGAAUGUGUGCACGUGGAAAGGGAUGUUAAAUGGCCUUCAGUAAAAGCUUCUCUCCCUUUCUGUUUUGUAUCAUGUCUUUGUACUUCUGAUACCAUAAAGGGCAUUUUUAAGUAGGCACUGCUCAGGUGGCCUCCAAAGAUGUUACUUAUUAGCAUGAAUUAAGCACAUGCUUCCAGAACAGAGAACAAGCGAUCUUGGGAAAGGUUUGAUGUUGUAUGUCUGGAUACCUGGGAUGCUUGUGUAAUCCAUGGAUCACUUGCCAAACAGGCUUCUGACUCUUUUUUUCCCUUAUACAAGGUUUAUCCAUGCUGUUGCACAAAAGUUCAAAUGUUUUUGCUUUUGAUAGUGUAUUGUAUGGUUUUUAAGUCAAGGCAUGACUGCAGUUACAGUUAGGCUAAAUUUUUGUCACCAUUGCAUGUUUCUGCAUUCCUGCUUUCUGGUGUAUGCAGGGCACUUUCAAAACAUUAAAUCCCCAUUGCUAACUGUUGUAACAAAGCCGGUUGAAUUGACCGUCCAAGUAGUCUUGGCAAAUCCACAAAUGAGCACAAGGCUUGUAUCUUGGCACUAUGCAUAGACAAUAUCUGCUAGCCGCUUAUACUCUGAAAAUGUUUCAAUCAUUCAGUUUUUUUCCAUGUCAUCAAAUUGAAAUUAUUGGUAUGUGAUUUUUUUCUUCUUUUUUUGGCUUUUUUUUAAUGUACAGUGACUAGGAUGUUGCACUGGUGGCAAUUCAUCAUGGAGCAUAAUAAAAUUAAUUUGACUCAGUA